AUGAACAUGUCAAUGCGUUUGUUGUCUUCUGAGUUCAUGUGUCCUACAAGUGAAACCAAGCAGUAUAAAAAUAGGAAUUUUCUUUUGUCCAAACCCUCGGUAAGGGUUUCUUCUUUCGUUAAUAAAGAUGUAUGUAAUCGUGAUGGAAGAAACAUGAGGGUGUGUUGUCAAUUGAUGCAUGGCCAUUUAGAGGAAUCAUAUAAAAGAAAGAAAAUGUUACAAGUUUCUUUACAGAAGCCGGAUUUUGUGAGGACUUUGUUGAUUGAUAACUAUGAUAGUUAUACUUACAAUAUAUACCAGGAGCUAUCUAUUAUUAAUGGCGUCCCUCCUGUGGUGAUUCAAAAUGAUGAUUGGACGUGGGAAGAACUUUGCCAUUACCUGUACGAAGAAAAUGCAUUUGAUAACAUCGUAAUAUCACCCGGGCCUGGUUCUCCAGCAUGCCCAGAAGAUAUAGGCAUUUGUCUUCAAAUAUUGCUUGAAUGCAGGGAUAUUCCUGUUCUGGGUGUUUGCCUAGGACAUCAGGCAUUGGGUUAUGUGCAUGGAGCUCAAGUUGUCCAUGCAUCUGAACCAGUUCAUGGGCGUCUGAGUGAAGUUGAGCACAAUGGAUGCCAGCUUUUUCAUGGCAUACCUUCUGGUAGAAAUUCUGGUUUCAAGGUGGUUCGAUAUCAUUCACUGGUGAUAGAUUCUGAAUCACUUCCAGAAGUGCUCAUUCCAAUAGCAUGGACUUCCACUAGCACACUUCCGUCUAUUGGAUCCAAGGUUUCUGACAAGUACAAUGGUCAUGAAGUUCAGACUGAUCAAAGCAUUUUCUUUGAUUCAUUUUUACCUGAAGCAGGAAAUGGUAGUUCAAACCUUACUGAUUAUGGACAAACUAGAAAUGCAAGGGUUCUUAUGGGAGUCAAGCAUUCUACAAGGCCACACUAUGGUGUACAGUUUCAUCCAGAGAGUGUUGCAACCUGUCAUGGAAGUCAAAUAUUCAAGAAUUUUAGAGAGAUUACAGAGGAUUAUUGGCUGAGAUUUAGGUCAUCACACAACAAAGAAAAGCAUGCUAAUUCUAAUGCAUACACGCAGGUUUCAAGUGCUAGUAGACUCUACAGAGACUUUUGCAGAAGUAAUAAUGCAGAAAUUAAUACUGUGGAUCAGCCAAGAAAAGUAAAUCAUGGAGACGAACAUUUAGUACAUAAUAAUACUGAGAUGAACUAUAAAUUUUUGAAGUUAAAGUGGAGGAAAUUUGAUCACUUGGCUGGCCAAGUUGGUGGAGCAAAAAACAUAUUCUGUCAGUUGUUUGGACAUGAAGCCAAAAACACCUUUUGGUUAGAUAGUUCCUCCACAGAUAUGGGAAGAGCGCGCUUUUCAUUCAUGGGAGGAAAAGGUGGAUCACUUUGGAAGCAGUUAACGUUCAGAUUGUCUGAUCAGAGUGAUGGGUGUUUAAAAGGUGGUGGCUUUUUGUCACUGGAAGAUUCUGGAGGUUCUGCCAAGACAAUGUUCUUGGAAGGAGGUUUUCUUGAUUUUUUGAACAAGGAGCUUCAAUCAUAUCAUUAUGAUAAGAAUGAAUACGAAGGUCUACCAUUUGAUUUUCACGGCGGAUAUGUUGGUUACAUCGGGUAUGAUCUCAAAGUUGAAUGUGGGGCCACUUCUAACCGUCACAAAUCUAAAACUCCAGAUGCAUGUUUUUUCUUUGCUGAUAAUCUUGUAGCUAUUGAUCACAAAAACGAUGAUGUUUAUUUAUUGGCUAUACAUGAAGAAAGUUCAAGUACGACAGAAUGGUUGGAUGAUACUGAGGAGAAGCUUCUGAGAUUAACUGGCUCUAAGAGCAUGGAUUUAGAAAAGCAGUAUUCUCAUCCUUCAACUUUUUCCUCACACAAGGCUGGUUUUGCAGCUGAACAAUCUAGAGAGCAGUACAUUAGAGAUGUUAAGAAGUGUCUGAACUACAUAAAAGACGGAGAGAGCUAUGAGUUGUGCCUCACAACCCAGAUAAGGAAACCAAUUGAGGUAUUAAAUUCUCUUGGACUUUACCUUAAUUUGAGAGAAAGGAAUCCAGCACCUUAUGCUGCUUGGCUUAAUUUUCCAAAGGAAGAUUUGUGUAUUUGCUGUUCUUCUCCAGAGAGGUUCUUGCAGUUGGAUAGGAAUGACAUGCUAGAAGCUAAGCCCAUUAAGGGUACUGUAGCUCGUGGUGCUACUGAAGAGGAAGACAAGCAACUCAAAUUAAAAUUACAGCUCAGUGAAAAGGAUCAGGCUGAAAACUUGAUGAUUGUUGAUCUUCUAAGAAACGACCUUGGUCGUGUAUGUGAUCCUGGGUCUGUUCACGUGCCGCAUCUCAUGGAUGUACAAUCAUAUGCAACUGUUCACACAAUGGUGAGUACAAUUCGUGGGAAAAAGAGGUCAGAUGUAAGUGCUGUAGACUGUGUCAAAGCUGCAUUUCCUGGUGGUUCGAUGACAGGUGCACCAAAGUUGAGAUCAAUGGAACUUCUCGACUCUCUUGAAAGUUGUUCUCGAGGCAUCUACUCAGGCUGUAUUGGAUUUUUCUCAUAUAAUCAGACAUUCGAUCUAAAUAUAGUCAUAAGAACAAUCGUUAUACAUGAGGGCGAAGCUUCUAUAGGAGCAGGAGGGGCAAUUAUUGCUCUGUCAAACCCAGAAGAAGAAUAUGAAGAGAUGAUCUUGAAAACAAAAGCACCAGCAAGCACUGUGAUAAAUUAUGAAUAG